AUGGGGACCAUGGGCAGCUUUGCGCAGAGUUUAGGUGGUUCUCAACCAGCUACACCACUAGAUCUUUCCGAAUUCCCCUCCCUCUCAGGCGCGCCGCAGCAAUCCCAAUCACAGAACCCUGGGCAACUUGUGUGGGCGAAUGCAAGUCAACGAGCCGCUCAACAUACACCUGUUCAGAGACAGCAACACCCCCCGACAUCACAAACCCCUUCUCGAACAUCACAGACUCAACCCCAUCCUGUACAGCAACAAGCUGAAGGACUUCACGAUGACAUGUUCCCGUCCGGCUCUCAGUUCGCGAAUCGACUGGAUGAUUUCAGGAAUGGUGGGCAAGGGAUCAGUAGUCAGCUAGGAGCUGGCAGUCAGCCCCAGACAGGCAACAUCGACGAAUUCCCUCCUUUGGGUCGAAAUGUUGCGGCUGAGAUUGGCCAAGACCGCCAGACCUCGUUGAUGCAGAAUACUGCGUUUGGAAGCUACAACACCGGUAUUGGAACGUCGCGGUCGCCCGUCAACCAAGGGCCUAAUGGUGGAUUGGGGCAGGAGAAGGAGGAAUUGACCAACAUCCUCAUGUCGGGUCAACGCAACUUCAGUGACCCGCAACAAUUGCAGCAAAGGCAACAACAAGCCAAUGAAGGACAAGAUGUUCCGGCAGGUGCAAAUCUUCAAAGUGCAGAACAACCACCUCUCGCCCAAAUGAGUGAACUGGACCGAUUCGGCUUGGCCGGCCUGCUGCGCAUGAUCCAUAGCGAAAGUCCCGACGUGGCCAGUCUCGCCGUUGGCCAAGAUUUAAUGACACUUGGUCUGGACUUGAAUCAGCCAGAACCCCUCCACACCUCUUUCGCAACACCUUUCGUCUCAGCCAUGUCCGCUGUUCCGCUGGAACAAGACUUCUCCCUUCCAGCUUGCUACGAAGUCACCAGCAUCCAAGCACUUCAAUCACGGAUCCCUGGGUUUAGUGACGAGACCCUUUUCUAUAUCUUUUACAGUAUGCCUCGGGAUAUCAUGCAGGAACUGGUCGCAGAGGAAUUAAUGGGUCGCAAAUGGCGUUACCACAAGCUUGAGCGCUGCUGGUUGACGCGAGACGAGACAUAUCCUGGACCGGUCGAUGUGGAACGGGGCGUGAGUGAACGGGGCGUGUACCUCCUCUGGGACCCAGCGAGCUGGAAGAAGAUUCGGCGCGAGUUCGUUCUACGCUAUGAGGAUUUGGACAACCGACUGGAUCCCAACCGGGCAAUUAGCCGUCCAGUUGGUCAGACACACCAGGCUUCAUAA